AUGAACGUUCAUAUCGAAGAUCCUUACGCUGCUGUUGAUGUUAUGAGCAUCAGCAACCGCUUUGACAGUGGAUCUUCCAGCAAGGCGGAUCAGGCGCCUUCAUGUUGCUUCAAAGUCAUGAGAGCAGAUCUAGAUCUAGAAGAGCCUGCACCUUCAAACUGCUUGAAAGCUACUACUAGUAUUAAUACUAGCAAUAGCAAUAGCAGUAGCAAGCUUAAGAAGACCAGAAAGACCAGGAGGAAAACCAAAAGCAAGAAAGCUCAAGAUCAAGAUUGUGGCGCAGCAAACACAUCUGAAGAUCUCUACAGUGUGGCUAGUGAACCCAUUCUGGUUGGUACUUGUACUAGCACCAGUAGCGGCGGCAGCAGAAGAAGGACCAUGGACUUUAUUCCCACCACACCCAAGAGAGCCAAGUCUCUGGAAGAGGGGGAAAAGAUCUCGACGAGCAAAACCUUCACACAGACGAGUACUAUUAAUAGUACCGGUACCAGUAGAGCUUCACAGGUACCUGCACCCCUCAGACUACCCAAGCGAAGACAACGCCGUCAGAUAAGGUGGAGUCAGUUUGACCUGGUCAUUCAGACAGGUGCCCCAAGUCACACCAUCACCGCCCCCGCCCCUGCUACCGCUACUGCAGUCAAUGAGAUGGAUGACUCCUUCAGUGUCUUGUCCUCUUCCCAAGAAUCCAUUGCGACUGCCAACAGUGCCAACAGUACCAUCUGCAGCUCCAGUACCGGUACAAACAGUUCAGCAUCCAGAGAUCCACACAUCAGUAUGCGUCUCCUGUCGUCCACGGAUCAAGGCAUUCAGCCCACACGAAAGCAGCCCGUCAAUGUACGAAGAAAGGGACGAUACAGCACUGCAGGAAGAAUCCAGCAGCAACCAAACACAAACGCGGUCAAACACACCCACCAUGACUCUUCUUCUCACAGAAGAUGGUCACAAGUCACACCCACGCAUCAUGUUCUCUGUUGCCCCACUUGCACAAACGACCUACUGGUAGACCUAGCACCGGGAUGGGAGGCGUACAACGAAGACGGAUACUAUCCUGUUCAGUGCCCACAGUGUCAUGAGGUGGCUUCCAUUCAGUGGCCCGUACACGAACAACCGUACUACCACGAACAACAGGUACAGGAACACCAAAAUCAUUCUGCCCAUAGCCGUCUUUCCAUGCUUUGUGAUGAAGCCAGCAUGCCAUAG